CGUAAACCGGAAAUAGUACUGUCAGCGAGGUCAGAGAAAACCUGGUGGAAACACGCACGUGUGUGAAAAUAGAACUAAAAAGUCUAGAUCUUGAGAAACUGAAAAUAUGACAUCGUUAGCCCACCAGCUGAAACGGCUGGCCUUGCCGCAAAAUGAUCCAGAUCUUCUCACUCGUCGGGAGGUCGCCUCCUUACUGUUUGAUCCUAAAGAUGCCGCCAGUAUGGAUAGAAGCACCUUUUUUGCACUUGGAUGCACAGGGCUCGAGGAACUCCUGGGUAUUGAACCUGCUUUCAGUGAGUUCCAGGAGACACUUUUCAGCCAGUCCUCAAUGGGCCUGGAGCGCAGUGUCCAGGUCAAGGAGGUAAACGAGAAACUGGAUGCAGGCAUCUCCCUGUUUCUCGCACGCCUGUCCCCAUAUUUCCUGCUCAAGCCUGCCCAGAAGUGCAUUGAGUGGCUUAUACACAGGUUCCACAUCCAACUAUAUAAUGUGGACAGCCUGCUUGCCUGUGCGUUGCCCUAUCACGAGACUAAAGUGUUUGUCAGAGUCAUUCAGCUCCUCAAGUUAAAUGACCCCACCUACAGAUGGAAUUGGCUUGAGGGGCUUCAGAAACCAGGAGUUCCCUUGGCCAGAGGAACCCUCAUCACUCACUGUUACAAAGACUUGGGAUUCAUGGAUUUCAUUUGCACUCUGGUCACUAAGUCAAUCAAGGCAUAUUCAGGACAUUCAGGCAACUGUGCCCAGCUUCGAGUGAUUUUCUCUUUCUAUGCGUCCACCAUUGUACCGGCUUUGGAUGCUGUGGAGAAAGUAUCUGAUACAGUCAUAUCAAAACUACUGCCUUACGUUCAGAAGGGCUUGAAGUCCUCCUUGACAGACUAUAAGGCUGCCACCUACAUGAUAGUGUGCCAGCUGGCUGUGAAGGUGGUGUUGGAGGCUCAGCUUGUAGACACCCUGGCCCUGCAGAUCAGCAAGUCACUGUGCAAGGAGCCGUUGCUGCCUAAAGAGGGCCUUGGCUGCCUUAUCGUCCUCCUGCAGAACCAGAAAGAGGGCUCAGUGGGCCCAAAAGCGUUUGGACACCUGUGUGCAGUGACGUCCUUGGUCCCCGUCCUCCAGGGCAUGGCGGCACUUCACGACAUCAGUCCCUUACUACGCUACCUACUGCCUCUGUUGAUUCACACGGUCAUGAUCAGCAGCACCGAUGAAAUGGAGACCGACGUGCCCUCUGAGAGCACCAGGUACGGUCUCCUGUUCGAGACGGUCCUUCAAAGCCUUCCACUGUCCCGUGGUCUGGAUAAAACCGUGGCAAAAUUGCUUCUUGAGGAAUACCUUUCCCAGAGUCAGCUCUCUGCCGACAGUGUCAAUGCCCUUAACCAGCGCCUGCAGACAUCCGUCCGAAUUUUCGAGUCAAAGUACCCAGGUGCUCUGGACGGCGUCCUGGAACGCCAUGUGCGCGACGUCUCCAGCGCCGACGAAAAGAAGCUCUUCCACCAUUUCAUCUCCCUGUCCAUGAGCAGUGGCAAGUACCAGAUCCUUGGGGACUCUGACACCUCCCUCGUGCUCAGCCUGAAGCACCCGCUCCCCUCCGUGAGGCGUGCAGCUGUGGAACACCUGAUGGCCCUCGUUACCUCAGGACGGGAGGGUUUGGACAUGGCCUUCCUGGAGGAGGCUGUGUCGGAGCGCAUAAAGGACGACGUGCCUGAGGUCGUGGCUGCAGCCUUGAAGGUGCUGGAGCUCUGUGUUAACCGCCUGAAUCCAGAGGAUACAGUGCCCCGUCUGCUCGCACUGCUACAAAGAAUUGACCUCUCAAAUGCUGAAGACUGGUGUCCUGUGUUGAAGGAGGCAGUAAGGGUUCUGGAUGAACCUAGAUUCAUUGAGGGUAACUCUGACCUGAAAGCACAAGUGGUCUGGGGCCUCUUGCCCUUCCUUGUGGUCACCUCAGCCCAGCCCAACUCCCCAGACCUCCAGCUGGCCACAUGUGUUGCCCAGACCACCAUCCUAUCCCAGUACCACCUCACUCAUGGCUGGGCCCAUGUGCUCAAGGAUGUGAUGGAGAAGAUUGCUCAGCCAGACUUCAUUGGGUUGGCCAACCAGCAUCUCAUCUCCACGCUGACCAAAAACCUGUCCAACAUGGAUCCCUUCUCCAAACGCAAUGCACUGGAGAAGAUGGCUGGGUUGGUGGAGGGCCAGCAGGGCAGCCUGAGAGAGAGGGCGGUGUUCCUGGUGCUGUGCCAGUCUCUCCUGGAGGGCCUGGGGGACAUGAGUGAGACCCAGCACCUUCACACAGCCCACCGGGUUUACACCCUGCUGGAGCCAGCAGUACUGGAGCUCACCCAGAAACACAUACCAGAGGUGGAUAUUUGUCCCUCCUUCUCGGAAGGGCUGGGGGAGUAUCUGCUGAGGCUCAGGUCAGGGCAGAGCCUGGAGACGGAGUAUGGGCUACUGCUGCUGUCGCUGUUUAGAUCACUCAUAUCCAAUCUCCAGUGCCAUGAUGCUUCCUUCAAAGGUGAGACAUGGUGGAACCCAGAGAAGCUGGACACCAACGCCUGCUGCUACCUGCGUCUGCUGUGCCGCCUGUUUGAUGUCAUCAUCACCGGGGCCAGCCAGGGGCCCACGGCAGUCUGCUUCAGAAGCCUGAUGAAGCUGCUCUUCCAGGUCCAUUUAAGUGAUCCCCGGGAGCUCUUCAACUUCCUGUGUCUGUUGUGGGGCUAUGGCAGUAACCUAGGAGACCAGCUGGAUUGUAAGGUCAAUGCCGUCCUUCAGACUCAGGCCCUGUACGUGGGCGGAGCCCUCCUCGGCGCCCAGCCAGGGGCGUCUCUCAAACUGCUGGCAGCUGGCCAAUCACCAGUGGUGCUCUCCCUGCUGGCCUGUCUGAGCUCCCCGGUCCGUGAGGUGAGGAGGGCAGCCACAUCCACCCUACAGACCCUGGUCCAGGUGGACAGCUCUCCCUUCCACCCGAUCAUCCAAAGGCUGCUGAGGACCACAGAGGAGCUCAUUUCCGACCCCACUUACCUCAGCCAGGCCCUGGGAAAGCUCUAUGAAGAGGCUGUGACAGGAACAGGGAAAGGCAAGGCCAAGGACCGGAAUCUGCUAGCAGGCUUUGAGGAGCUGCUACUGGGCGUCCAGGCGGCCAACUGCCCUGCCUACACCGCCAAGACCAUACUGAGGGCCCUGGAUGAGGUCAAUGGAGAGUUGGUGCUGGCUGUCCUCAUGCCUGUCAUAGAACGACUUCUGGAGCAGAGGGGACCAGAGAAGCCCACCAUCUUGAAGGACGAAGACCUGCUCAUGCAGCUGCUCCUGGGGAAGUACAACGAGCAGGCAGCCCCCCUCCUGGUUAAGAACCAGGCCUGCCUGGAGCUCUUCAUCAGGGCUCUAGGCACAGUGUCGAAGCCCCACCCUGACACCCCCUGCCUUCAGAUCAUCGCCCUGGAACAGAUCACCAAAGCAUUCUACUCAGCCCUGGAUGAUGAGAAGACACAGCAGAGGCUGCUGGGAGUGAUGUUUGAUCUGCUGGUGGAGAGCAGGAGUCCCAGCUGUGCCCAGACCAUCAGCAGUGUCUUCAAACGGAUUGCUGUGGAUGCAGAACUAGUGGCUAACGAGAUCGCCCUAGCGGAGAAGCCCAAAGUCACCGUCUCAGUGCAGCAGACCCGCAGGAGCAAGCAGAGGAAAGCCCAUGACGCUGCUCAGGACGGGCCAGCAGAGGGCACUGUGUCCUGGCAGAGGGCAACCCUAAUUCUGGAGCUGCUUCAGCACAAGAAGAAACUGAAGAGGCCUCAGAUGCUGGUGCCAGCUCUCUUCAGUCUCCUCUCCAGGUCUCUGGAAACGUCCUCCGUGGAGCAGAGCAACCUGGAGUAUACCAAGCAGCUCAUUCUCAGCUGUCUGCUGAAUGUCUGUCAGAAGGUCUCCCCCGACGGAGGACCUGUCAGUAAGGACGUGCUGGAUGAGGACAAGUUUAACGUGGAGCUUGUGGUCCAGUGUGUGAGGGUGUCCGACCUGCCGCAGACUCACCACCAGGCCCUGCUCCUCCUGGGAAGCCUGGCCGGCAUCUUCCCUGAGAAAGUCUUGCACAACAUCAUGCCCAUCUUCACCUUCAUGGGUGCCAACAUCAUGCGUCUGGAUGACAGCUACAGCUUCCAGGUCAUUAACAAGACAGUCCAGACAGUGAUUCCUGCCCUCAUCAAGGCUAGUGAGAGGGAUGACAGUGACGAGUCAGCCACGCACAUGGAGGCUGUGGUGACACGCAUCAUCCUCGUGUUCACGGACGCGCUGCCCCACGUGCCCGAGCACCGCCGCCUGCCCAUCCUGUCUCAGCUGAUGGCCACCCUGGGUCCGGCCCGCUUCCUCUGGGUCCUACUGCUGCUCCUGUUCAAGCAGCACGCCAACCAGACCACCGCCACUGACAAGGAUGCUGCUUUAGAGAGGGAUGUGGAGUUCUGGAUCUCAGUGUGCUGUGAGUUUCAGGUGGAGGACCAGCUGGUCUCUCUCAUUAAGAUCCUUGGGUAUCUCAUGGAACUACCACAGGACAAACAGGACGGGCCUGUGAAGAGGCCAACACGUGGCAGGGGAGCCAGGAAGGAGAAGGAGGAGAAGGUUGAGGAGCUGAUCUUCAACAUCGAAGCUCACAGCAGCAAGGCUCUGCGCCACUUCAAGUUCCUCUCAGUCUCCUUCAUGGCCCAACUCCUGGCCUCCGGCAGCUUUGUGGGAAUGAUUGCACAGCGUGGGGAUGUCGUGGAUCUUUCUCUGCAGAAACUACAGCAGAGUCUUCUGGAGGAGAUCCUUCGCUACAUCCACAAUGUAGCUCGCUGUGUUGAGGAGAAUGCCGACAAACCAACUGCCAAGUUCUGGAGGGCUCUGCUUAGUAAGGCCUAUGAUGUCCUGGACAAAGUGAACGCCCUGUUGCCCACGGAUACGUUCAUCACUGUGAUGCGAGGCCUGAUGGGUAAUCAGCUGGCCUCUGUGAGGCGCAAGGCCAUGGAGCUGCUCAUCAAUAAGCUGCAGCAGAAAACCAAGUGGGAUGAGGAUCAGGUGACCGUGCUUCUGGACCUGACUGGCGACCUACUGGCUAUCGCGGCCCGGGCCCACGGCAGAGUCGAGGAGGAGGAAGGCGAGCAGGCCAUCAACAGGCAGACGGCCCUCUUCUGCCUCAAGCUGCUGUGUCGCAGUUUCGGCUCGGGUCAUCAGGAGGUGUUUGUUCCGGUUCUGAAACAGGCUGUGGAGAUGGUGGUGUCCCCGGAGGAGGAGAAGAAUGUAAUGGGGAGUGCCCUGCUGUGUAUUGCUGAGGUGGCCAGCGCCCUGAAGGCCCUAGUUAUCCCUCAAUUGCCCAGGCUGAUGCCAGCUGUGCUACAGACUCUAACAGAGAGGAAAGAGGUGAUCACCAGUGAGCUCUACAUGCUGAGUGCGGUCACAGCCCUGCAGCGCGUCACCGAAACUCUGCCCCACUUCAUCAGCCCCUACCUGCAGGACACACUCCUACAGGUGGCUCGGCUGACGCGGGUGGCAGUGAAGGCCACCACCACCCCCCAGCUGGCCGUGAGACUCGCCUCCCUCCGAACCAGCCUGGCCACCAAGGUUCCCCCCCGGGUGCUGCUGCCCACCAUCACCAAGUGCUACAGCAAGGUGGUGGACUCCAGCCAGAGCCGUCUUGGUCCCCUGAUGGAUGUCUUGAAGGAACACAUUGGUCACAUGGAGAAGGAUCAACUGACCUCCCACCAAUCGGAGCUUACGUCCUUCUUCCUGAUUGCGCUGGACUUCAGGGCCAAACACUGCCAAGGUGAUCUGGAGAAGACCAAGGAGAUUGAGGGCUAUGUGAUUGACUGUCUCCUGGCCAUGGUUAUGAAACUAUCUGAAGUGACCUUCCGGCCCCUGUUCUUUAAGCUCUUUGAUUGGUGUAAGACCGAAAGCGAGGCCAAGGACCGCCUGCUGACCUUCUACCGCCUGUCGGACCGCAUCGCAGACCGGCUCAAGGGUCUUUUCGUCCUGUUCGCCGGCCACCUGGUCAAGCCCUUCUCUGACCUGCUCCACCAGACCAACGUCACCAAGACAGACGCAGCCUUGUUUACGACGGAAGACAACGUUGAGAAGAGCUGCCUGCUGCUGGAGUACAUUCUGGACUGCCUCCAUAAGAUCUGCCUGUACGACACGCAGCACUUUGUCAGCAAGGAGAGAGCCGACGCCCUCCUGAACCCUCUGGUGGAUCAGUUGGAGAACACCCUGGGUGGAGAGGAGCUCUACCAGACCAGAGUCACCCAGCACCUGGUGCCGUGCGUUGGCCAGUUCUGUGUUGCCGUGGCAGACGACACUCAGUGGAAGACCCUCAACUACCAGGUCUUGCUGAAGACGCGGCACACCUCGGCCAAGGUGCGUUUCUCCGCCCUGCUGGUGCUGCUAGAGCUGGCUGCUAAGCUCAGGGAGAACUACAUGGUCCUGCUGCCAGAGACCAUCCCCUUCCUGGCUGAACUCAUGGAGGACGAAUGUGAGGAGGUGGAGCAUCAAGUCCAGAAAGUCAUCCACGAGAUGGAGACCAUCUUGGGAGAGCCUCUUCAGAGUUACUUCUAACCUGGUCACCUUACCAGCUCAUCACCACCGUACAAGGGCCUAGACUGGUCAAUUUGCCCCAUCCCAUCCCCCAGCUUAGUCUAACUGUUUCGCAGAACAUUUUCAAUCAGUCAGAUGGCAAAGAUGGGAGACACAGUAGGUUUACAUGUACCUCCUACUCUCUCAGGUUCCCAGGUGCCUGUAGAUCUGUAGCAGUAAGAGAAACCAGGCAGAACAGUGAUUCACCCAACCCACUAAGAUGUAGGGGUGUUAUGACAACUGUUUAAGUGUCAUGUCUAUAGUGUUGUAUCACUUUUUGUAAUGUAUAUGUGAAAUAAUAAAUUUGUAAACACCUCAA